AUGUUUUCUUUCAAUGAGCAAGUGGGUGCAAUAUUGGGAGUCAUGGUAGGAGCUUUGGCUGGCUUGCGAACGAAGAAGGGAAUUCUCCAUGGAGCCAUAGCUGGAGCCGCUAGUGGGGUUAUUUUAUCCAAGGAAAUCCUUAAUUUAUUACUUGCCAUGUGGGAUUCUGAUAAUACAGCAAUGACAUGCUUCUUUUCUUUGCUUGACUCAAUUUCACGUCUCAUGAGCCGAAGGCCCCUUCCUCAACGAUUCAAUCCAACCAAAAUAGUUGGAGAAGAGAAAGAGGUUUUCACUUGCCCUCCUCCUUCUCCUCCAGCCCCUCGUUCUUCGUUCAUGCCGAACGUUGCUUCUGUAAGUUCGAGGGAGCCAUGCAUCUCUACACUCACACUACCAUAUCUGCCAAGUUGA